CGACCGACUCGAGCACACUCCCCGAUGUCUCCUCUCCUCAUACCCCAAUUUCGAUUUUCUCUACACCUCACAAGUCACCAUCAUCAUAGCAGUCGGCUCUACUCUUCAUAGUCAUGCUCCUCUAGGCUCAUAGAUCAUUCGUUAUCUCCUUGCAUUUGCAUUGGAUCUAAGACUGGCGGGCUCUUGAACGAUAGCCACCGCCCGUCGACGUUUUGCUUGCACACAAAUUAUCAAAUAGUGGCAUACGCAAAGAACACCAAAGAAGGUUUGCUCGCAAUUGCUACAGGUGUACCAAGAGGACGAGAGUGAGGGCGAGAGCGAGGGCGAUCUCGCGAAACCUCGCGUCGCAAUGCCGGCGGCGACAGAAGUAGGACAGGUCUCCCCUCGGAAGGAAGCGCAUACGGUGGCGUGUCCGUGUCUCAAUGUUCAAGUCACCUUCGCUAGGAUAAUAAAUGCAGAAGAUGAAGUUCAAAAGGGGAGCGCGGGGAAAUCGGCUUCUGACAGAAUCGCUUUGGGAGAGCCUCUCCAAGUUGAGGCGGUCAAGGAUGGCGUCAAAGCUACCUUCCCUUUGCUUACUGCAAGAGAAACACUGAGGCCCCUGCAGCAGCUCGCGGAGCCGCAGAUGAACGGGGUCGCUGGAGCAUCUUUACGCUGCAUUAACUGCGGUAUCCUGGUCUACACCGUCGAAGACCCUGUGCCCUCAACAGCAUCACGCGUGCUCGGCUUCAGAUCUGCGUCGGAACUGACUGAUGACAGUCAUGAGUCGAGCUUUAAGGCCGAGCGCUCGCGAUCGCCCGACGCAACACCUUCCACUCCCACUCGUGUUCGCACGGCUGGCAGGAUCCUCGAGCCUCUCCCACUUCCUAGAGACGGCAUCAUUACCCUGCAAUUUGGCCUGCUUAUGGGUGAUGAGCUGUUGGUUGCUCAGCGCUCCCCAUCUUUCUCUUCCGCUUUCAACAUUUUGGUGGGCGAAGCAUCUCGCACUCGUGGCGAGACUGUUACUGCUUCCUCAAACCCCAGUGCAGAUGCUAGAACGCCCGAAGUGGAACUGGGCAGCCAAGUAGGAAUCAGCUCCACCACGUCAAGGCCAUCCUUACAAAGUCGACGCACCCUGUCAAACAGCGGCGGUCUAUCUUUCACGUUGCCGCCCUUGCCGAGCCGAAUCUUACCACCUCCGCCUUCAGGUGGCGCCCCGGCUUCCCCAGCUCAAGAUCCUCGGACGCUUCUCGCGCAAAGUAUGGCGAGCAAGCAAAACGGCUCUGCGAGUAACCUGGUCACACAACUCGAGGAAGCCGCUCAGCGCGCAAUCCGGGCGCAGCACGCACAAGCUGAGGGAGAGAUCCGUGCUCUCAUCCAGGCCAAGAGCUUCAUGCUAGAGGAAUUGCACGAGCACCUCAGAGCUGAGGCUACAACCCUGCUAGAUCGAUCCAAAGUGGGGCCGCGCGCUAACGGCUCACCAGCUCGCAGGCUCGCAGGAUCUGCCUCGUUGCCUAUACCGGCUGCUAGUCCCGUAAGGAUGACGCGCUCUACCAGCGGUGGUACUAGCGACGUAGCAACACCACGAGGCGAGACAUCUCUGCCUCACACUAUUCGGACUGCUCGCAAGCAGGGUUCGGGCAAGCGUGGACAGUCGAAUGCCCUGGAAAUCCCUAGCAAUGGCACGCGCUUGCGCGACGACUCGCCAAGCUUUUCCGACGAGGAUCUUGACCUUGAGCCCACUUUGCCCUCCUCUGUGUUUGAACGCAGACGCGGACCACUAGGCAGUAGCUUUGGCACGAGCGCAAGCAUGACGUCAUCCGGGCCCGGAGCAACGCACUCCAGCUUGUCUACCUCAAUCUCUGCCCUUUCAGCAUCUUUCGCGAUGAGAGGUAGAGAUCUCCCGCCUCGCUCUUCAAAUUCUACAGAGGAGUGGGCUGCGAAGCGUCGCUUGCGGGAGAGGUAUCCAGAGGGAGAUCACUCUGCGCUCACGAGCGCUGCAACUAGCGCGGCAAAUUCGACCGCCACAAGCGAGGAUGAGCGCAAGACGGAGGACGAGCGAGAAGAGGCUGGACGCGGACGAGCGCGAACGGAGUCAGAGGGCGAUGAGAGAGGAAGAGGCAGACGGAGAGCAGCGAACAAACCUCCCAGUGUGAGCCCCCAGCCCGUGCCCAUCACUCCGGCCGUCUUGGGAGGCAUCAGUCAAAAGUCGAGGCCGAGCGUUGGCCUAGAGACAGCGCCAUCUUCUACAAGCCAACGCGCUGAGCAAGAGCCUGCGCCGGGAGCGGCAUCGGCUCUGCCUAACACCACCGAAGCUUCGACUUCCGACAGGCCACCAGAGGGGCAAUUCGCCAGGCGAGGUCCUCAAUCGCCCCUCAAAUCCGCUCGUAAGGGAAGCCGACGCAACAGCGAAAUUGCAACCGAUGCAGCCGGCUCCCUCGUCGGUUUGAUGGGAGGUGAGGGCAAGGAGAGCAAGGGUGCUGGCCCAUCAUCUGUCACAGAAAAGAAGGUCGCUUUUGCACCAACUACGAUGGAAGUUCCCUCAACGAAGGUGGAGAGCGAUGGCGAGGAAGAGAAUGCUGGAGCAACGAUGUGUGCCGCUCCGACUGGAUUGCAAAAUGGCGGCGAGCAAGGUGAAGCUCUGUUCGAAAUCGACGAAGACUUCAUUAAGGAGGACAGGGAAGAUGAGGACGAUGAGGGGACAAUCGGCUCUGAUGGAGAGGUUCAGAGCGCGGGUCAGCGAGCUCUGGAGCUUGAUACCUUGGAGCCUCAGGAAAUGGGAUCAAGCACUCCGGAAGACGGCGCUGACUCGGAGGACGACCGUGAUCGUGUGAGCUCAUUGAGCUCCGACGAGAGAUUUGAGCCCGCGUCCGUAGGUGUCUUGGCUGCGGGCAGCUUCUCAGCUCUUUCGGCAUCCAUGGAUGCGCGCAAACGAAGCCGGGGCCGCCAGACAUUGGGAAGUAGGCAAGCGUCAGACUCGGCAUUCGAUCCCUCUGACGUCAACAGAGACGGCUUUGAUCCCGCAUCGCUGCGUAUCGACGGUCGCGUCGUACCUCCGUCGAGUGCGACCAGGCGCACAGAGAGUCGAGAUCGCGCCAUCAAUGCUCUUGCUAGCCCGGUGGAGCAAUCCCGCAACUCUGCGCAACAUGUGUCACUGCCAAGAGCCCCAUCGCGGCCUGUCGAGAACACGAGUGCCCGUGCAGCGCCAGGCACCACCAUCGGAUUCCGCGUUGCGGUCGGAGAGGCCGAGGCUAGACUUUCUGGCUUGCUAGCGCCAAACGUGCCCAGUCAUCGCGGGCUUCGAAAGUCGACGACGGAGCGGAAGCGAAAGACCAGCAAGUACCAACUAGACGAUGAAGAUGACGACAAGUGGGCUGCGUGGCAGACGAGAGUGCGCGAUCAAGAACAAAAGAAGUCGCUUAACGCAUCGCCCGAUGCGUCCGCGCUAGCGAGGUCGGUGCCGAUAGGAAUUGCCACACCUCCCGGCCUCAGCACUUUCAACCGUUUCGGAGGUUCUACAACCAUCGUACAAGAUGAGACUUCAGGCUUCGAUCUUGAGCCCAAGACAAGCUUGCCAUACCAGGAGCGCAAGAUGACCCCGUCUCUGCUCAAGGCUCAACGCCGAGUUGUGACUUCACCUUCGCGCCAGAAGCCAUCAAGAUUGCCAACCAUCCCUGACGGCCAAGAGACGUCUGGCUCACAACCGUCGAGCGGCAAGCUCGAACAGUCUUCAGUGCGGCCGGGCACAGAGAGGGCUGGGAACACCGCGCAGAACAUCGCAAUUCGACCCAGCGAUGACUCACUAGCGCGUAAAAGUCCCAGUCUUCCCAACAGCGUCUUCAAAGCUGGUUUCGAAGUGUCGCCAGCGCGGAGCUCAGCGCAGCACGCGGAUUCGUUAGCUUCAACAACUUCUCAAGAGCCCAUUCAGCAUGGUGCGCCAUCAGGUGCUCGACUACUGGACCCAGGCCGCUAUCUGCGAGGCCAAGCGUCGGAAGCCGGAGCUGCGGGCUCAUCUCCUGUCUCUGGUGCAACCACGCCCUUGGGCAGAAGGUCGCCUAGACCUCCUUACGUCCCGCCACCUCAGCCCACAAGCACCAUGAUCAGACUGCAGCCAGAUCCUACGCAUAAGCCCGGCCCGUUGUCGCUCUUCGAUGUAUCUGCGGACGGCGCUUUUGCUGAGCGGGAAGUUGGCGAGGAGAUGGAAAGCGACUGGUCGAAAGUACUUGGGUUCAUGCAUCGUCUAGAGCGUCUCAAAAUCAACAAACGGACUGGAUGGUACCAUCACCGGAUCAGCCGGCCUGAGAGCAUCGCAGAUCAUAUGUACCGCAUGGCGGUGCUGGCAAUGCUGAAUCCUGCACAGGAUGUAGACAUCGGUAAAUGCGUGCAGCUUGCGCUCGUUCACGACAUGGCCGAGGCGGAAGUGGGUGAUCUCACACCUUUGGAUGGCGUCGAUAAGGACGAAAAGACGAAGAGAGAAGCUCAGGCCAUGGAGUACCUCGUCCACGAUCUGCUCGGUUCCAGCCCCGCUGCUUUGCGUCUCAUGGCCUUGUGGCAAGAAUACGAAGCGCGAGCGACCAAGGAAGCCAAGUUGGUCAAGGAUUUGGAUCGAUUUGAGCUCUGCUUGCAAGCGCUCGAGUAUGAGCGAUCUGAGAGCAUCGCAGAUCUGCAGCCCUUUUAUCAAGGAUCUAUAGGCUACAUUACCUCUCCUCUUGUCCGGUGUUGGGCUGUCGAGCUCGCGCGUGAACGCGAAGCUUUGUGGAAUGAGCGUGGCAUCUCUUACGAGCAACCUUUGCCCCGAAAUCUGCUGAACAGUACCGAUGUUGCAUCAACCCCGGCCACUUGGACUAGCGAGAUGGAGCGCACCAAUACCAGAUGA